UCACGUCACCGUGCAAGAAGUGCGGUAGUGAAGUUAACAAAAACUGGGGUUAGUUGCACGGUGUUAGCCGAAACGCGCAUUCGAUACAAGAGGUGCACGUAUCCCCGUCAAAAACGAAAAUUUAACAACGAGAACGUGACAACGUGCCAAGAUGAGCGGUCUAUUGAAGCUGUCGUCUUUACUGGCGAGAAAUACUCGAACGACGACGUUGAAUAAGUUGGGUUUGCCCAUUACUACAGAUCGUAAAUUACAUUAUACACCAGAUGGCAAAGCAGCAAAAAUUUCUGAUGCCGUCUCUAAACAUUAUCCACUAGUAGAUCACACUUACGAUGCUGUUGUGGUGGGUGCUGGAGGAGCAGGAUUGCGUGCAGCCUAUGGCUUGGUUGCGGAAGGAUUCAAAACAGCAGUUGUUACCAAAUUAUUCCCAACAAGAUCGCAUACUGUUGCUGCUCAAGGAGGAAUUAAUGCAGCAUUGGGUAACAUGGAAAGUGAUAACUGGCAAUGGCACAUGUACGAUACUGUUAAGGGAUCUGACUGGCUGGGUGAUCAGGAUGCUAUUCAUUAUAUGACUCGUGAAGCUCCAAAAGCAGUCAUCGAAUUAGAAAAUUGUGGCAUGCCCUUCAGUCGUACCACAGAUGGUAAAAUUUACCAACGUGCUUUUGGUGGACAGUCUCUAAAGUUUGGAAAAGGUGGCCAAGCUCACAGAUGUUGCUGUGUAGCUGAUAGAACAGGUCAUUCUCUCCUUCACACCCUGUAUGGUCAGUCAUUGAGCUAUGACUGCAAUUACUUUGUCGAAUACUUUGCUAUGGAUUUGCUCAUGGAAGAUGGAGAAUGUAGAGGAGUGAUUGCUCUUUGUCUAGAAGAUGGCACGCUUCAUCGUUUCCAUGCUAAAAAUACAGUGUUAGCAACUGGAGGCUAUGGACGUGCCUAUUUCUCCUGUACAUCUGCUCAUACAUGUACCGGUGAUGGUACUGCAAUGGUAUCAAGAGCCAAUUUACACAAUCAGGAUUUGGAAUUUGUACAAUUUCAUCCAACUGGAAUAUACGGCGCUGGUUGUCUCAUCACAGAAGGCAGCCGUGGCGAAGGAGGCUAUCUCGUAAAUAGCGAAGGUGAAAGGUUUAUGGAACGUUAUGCGCCAGUCGCGAAGGAUCUAGCCUCUAGGGACGUAGUAUCUAGGUCUAUGACCAUUGAAAUCCGGGAAGGCAGAGGUGUUGGCCCUGAAAAGGAUCACAUUUAUUUGCAACUUCAUCACCUACCGCCUGAGCAAUUGGCAGCCAGAUUGCCUGGUAUUUCGGAAACUGCGAUGAUAUUUGCUGGAGUUGACGUGACAAGAGAACCUAUUCCUGUUAUACCUACUGUUCAUUACAACAUGGGAGGUGUACCAACAAAUUAUAAGGGACAGGUUUUGACAAGACAGAAUAACGAAGACAAAGUCGUACGUGGACUGUACGCUUGUGGAGAAGCAGCUUGUGCAUCAGUUCAUGGUGCUAAUCGUCUCGGUGCUAAUUCAUUAUUAGAUUUAGUUGUGUUUGGACGUGCAUGUGCUAAGACAAUCGCGACAGAGAAUAAACCAGGUGAAGCUAUUGGGCCUCUUAAACCUAACGCUGGAGAAGAAAGUGUGGCGAAUUUAGACUGGGCUAGAAAUGCGAACGGUAGUAUUACGACAGCGGAUUUAAGAUUAAGUAUGCAGAAAACCAUGCAAACACAUGCAGCCGUGUUUAGAAUGGCUGAAACUUUACAAGAAGGAUGUAAAAAGAUGUCUGCCCUUUACAAAAAAUUAGGCGAUGUCAAAGUAGCAGACAGGUCUUUGAUAUGGAACUCCGACCUCGUAGAAACUCUCGAAUUACAAAAUUUAAUGAUCAACGCGAUGCAAACGAUAGUAGGCGCUGAGAAUAGAAAGGAAAGUCGCGGCGCUCACGCCCGCGAAGAUUUCAGAGACAGAAUUGAUGAGUACGAUUACAGUAAACCUUUAGAAAACCAGCAACCAAAGCCAUUGGAUCAACAUUGGCGAAAGCAUACGCUGACAACGAUUAACCCCAGGACAGGAGAAGUAAAAAUCGAGUUCAGACCAGUGAUAGACAAUACGUUAAACGAAAAAGAAUGCGCGACAGUACCACCUGCGAUUCGUUCCUAUUAGAUUUUUUCGAAGUAAAUAUGUAUAAUUUAGCUUGUCCAGCCAUCCAUUUUUUUCUUGGUCACCCCACGAUUUAUUAAAUUGGGUCCUUGUGCAACUUUCUAUUUUUGCACAGGAAGAAACAACCGACGAGAAGUUACCGAUCUAUCGCUACGACGACAGCAACUUAUUUAUUACGCAUGUGAAUCACGUCGUGCACCAAAGUUUAAUUCUUGUCAAUAUUUGCACGCGCUGCGCGCAAGAUUAGUUGUCCUUGUAGGAUAAUGGUGCUGAGAUUAUCUUCAUUAUGUCAAAGAAGAGUUUGUUCGAUCUCUGAGCGAACCGAUGCUACCUUUAUGUAAACUAAUAGUAAAAUAUUAGCGUAAUUCAGGCAGCACAUGAUUUCACGCACAGAUCUUUUAAGGAGGAACGUUCUACCUACCUCUGUAUUCCCAUUUCUGUUCACAAUUUUCAAUGGAGUAAUUUGUUCCUUACCACCAUUGUAAAUCUAAAUGCUCAACACAGUUAAGAGUUAUUUAACGAAAGAAAAUUUUUAUAUCAUCAUUGCGAGCUAGUACUCCCUAAAAGGUUGUGUAGCAAGAGUACGCCACUUUUAUUGCGGCUACAUACUUAACGUUAACAGGCUACCAUGGGAACAGUCUUAAUUAAGAAGCAAUAACUAGACUGAAUGUAUACGUUGUAUUACAAAUUUUUCAGUAUUUAAUAUCUCUGUGAAAUUUACUUUAAUCUUUUUUUUCUCUGGUAUUGUGAAAUAAGAACAGCUGUUUGUGCUAGUUUGAAGUUUCAGUACUUACUUCAGGAUUUAGUGUCGUCAUUUUUGUACUUUCGCUGGUAACAAACCUGCUUCUACGUUGCCUGUUAAAAUUGUGUAUUAUGAGUUUACCAUAUAUCACCUAAUAUGUGCAAGUUAAUAGUCUCGAAGCGAAAGUACAUGCGCGGAAUCGUGUACUUUGGAACAAUACAAAAUCGAGUGGACAUGCUGCACAGCAUGAUAAAAAUGUACAUAAGAUUGUCAAUAAAAAGAGCAUUCGUAAAGCCUUUUA